GUAAAAACCCAUUCAAAGUGAAAGUCGUAGAAGGGAUUUCCUGUAUUAUCAUGAUUAUGAUUUAACAUUAUCAGAAAGAUAUUAUUACACUGUAAUUCACAGUUAUGGGUGACAUGGAAUUUAACUCGAUGUUAAUUGAUGUUGCAAAAUAUUUAACCGCUGAUGACAUACAUCGCAUGAAAUUUAUGUGUAAGGAUAUUGUGAAAAAAAGAGACAUGGAAAAAGUGGCAACUGCUUUGGAUUUAUUCACUGAAUUGCAGUCAAGAGAAAAACUGACAGCAAAUAACACAUCUUUCCUGAAACAACUUUUAGACAAAUGUGAAAAGCCAAAUGCUAUCCGAGUAAUUGAUCAAUUUGAAAAUAACAGAUUAAACCAUCAUGUAGGAAAUGGAGAGAUUCCAAUGGAUACUUCACCUGGUCUACGACAUCAGGCGUUACAACAAGCUCAACCUAUAGCCCCACAACCAGCACAUCAAUCUGAUAUCAGCGUUGCAAGCAGACGAGAAGAUCCUUUUGUACAACAGCAACUUAAUGCUUUGAGACCAGAAUUUAAUUUCCUGAUGAAGAACCUCAGCAGAGAAUGGAGAUUUUAUCUAAGAGCCUUAGGUAUGUCUGAUUCUGAUGUUGAUAUAGUAGAGACAGAUUAUCCACGAAGUUUGAGAGAUCAGAUUUAUCAAGCAUUGGUCAUGUGGGCAAAAGAGUAUAAGGAGAGAGCAACAAAGACUGAACUCAUCAGAGCUCUAAAGGAUGGAUCUGUGGAAAGAUUUGACUUGGCAUCAAAACUUGAAAAAGGAAAUUACUAAAUAAUAUCUAAUUUAUAAUUAUUUUAUAUUCUAUUCCAGGCGCGGAUCCAGAGGGGGUGGGGUUCCAGGAUUGGAUGAGCAAUGCAUUUGAAUGGGAACAUGUAAUUGGACCCCCUCUUUGUCCUGGGUUAGGAACCCCCUUUUUAAAAUGGCUGGAUCCGCCCCUGUAUUCUGUGAUAUUGAAGAAUCUUAUCCUGUCAAACAAAUUUGCGAGUUUUUUCAAUUUUUUUGCAAACACUAUUGAAAGUUGAAACAAUGAAUGUAAGUAAUUUUUCAUUUAUGAUAUGUUUCAUUUUGUAAACUUUUAAAAUAUUUGUCCAUAGUCAUUUUGAUUAUAAAUCUUACAUUACUAAAGAAGCGAAAAUCAAUUAAUACUUAUAGUAAAUAUUUUGGUUUUAUGGUAUACUAGUAUAUGAAUUUUAAAAUGAAUAUUAUUUUUUUUUCAUCAAAAUAAUGUCUGCAGAUUUGUAUGACAAACAUGUAUUGAUUUGUCUUGUAAAUAAAUGUGUAUUUAUGCCUC